AUGAAGCUUUUACGACUAGCCCCAAUACCGCUCGCGUUUGCUAUGUCGGAACUCUUCAACCGCUGCAUAGAGGAAGGCGUUAUGCCCUCCUUGUUAAAAACCAGCAAAGUUGCUCCGAUCUUUAAGGGUAAAGGAAAGAGAGCGGACAUAGAUGGAUACCGGCCUAUUUCUAUCAUCCCUGCAGCAUCAAAAGUUCUCGAGAGUGGCCUGAGUAGCCGUCUCUCCAACUUCUUGGUCGAUACGAGUGCGCUGUCUGAAAGACAAUAUGCGUACCGCCCUGGACACUCGACGACUUCUCUAACUCGAGAACUAAUCCGGCGUAUCAUGGUCGCCAAGGAGAGUCAACUGCAAGUAGCAAUUGUGUGCUGUGACCUCUCCAAGGCCUUCGAUGUGGCCGACCAUGCUCUACUAGAAGCGAAGCUGCAGCACUACGGCAUUAGUGGCUCAUCGCUGGCUCUGUUUACUAGCCUACUCAAAGAAAGGUCCCAAAUAACAGUUAGUGACGGUGCAAAGGUUCCCAAGACGCUAGCUGCAUUUCCGCGCUGGACCGCGAUCGAUAACCUCUGCACCAGGAAUGACCCGGAGCGGGGAUCGAGCCCCCUCUCCCUCAGGCGACUCCCGAGCUCCAAAAAGAAGGCCCGAGCCUCCGAGCACCAACACCCAGUGGUCUCCACCGCGAGCGGAACAAACAAGUACGCGAGGGGACGCGACUCGUACAAGCGGAUGGAAAUCUAUGACGACAUCGGCUCCAGCUUGCUGAUGUACUUGGAGUCGCAGGUCAAAACCACUAGCUCUUCCAUAUGGAGCUUGCUGCUGUAUUUGGAGUCGCAGGUCAAAACCACCAGGUCUUCCAUGUGGAGGCAGCUGUCAGUUUCGUACGAGCUCGUCAGGGCCCGCGAGAAGCUCUCCCGCGCCCACUCAGAUCUACAGCACCUGAGUCACUCAGACCAACACCUGAGUCACUCAGACCUGGUGGAGGACGCAUCAGUGCGUGUUGCCAGUAAUCUGGCGACGGGCGUUGAGCAUUUGAACGCGCUUGUGCAGUAUCUGAAGGCAGAUCGUCUGGAGAUUGAGGAAGUGCAAGCUGUUAUUGAUUAUUAUAAGACAACGUUCUUUAUAAACGGAACAGUGAAAAUUCCGGACAUCAAGAGCAACGAUGGACCAAACUAUGCAAAGGAUUGGAAAACCUGUUUGGACAAGCUGAGGCGAUUUCAGUAUGGCUUCAGGAGUGUAAUAAGGACAUCAGUGCAGCACGAAGUGUGGACAGCCCGUCGCACCCUCGGCGUCGGCGUCGGGAUAUUCGUGGCGCUGCUGAUCGCGACGCCUGUGCUUAUACUGCUGCUACGGAACACUAUCACCACCAUGCAGGGUUUCUCCACCUCCAUAGUAACCACAACCCAGCGGCUGAUGGCCGAAAAACAGAAAAGCGAUCUGCUUCUCUCAAAGAUGCUCCCAAUGCCAGUGCUGCAACGGCUACGAGCACAAAAGACCGUCCCAGCAGAGGCCUUUGACGCAGUCACGAUAUUCUUCAGUGAUAUUGUGGGGUUUACGGCCAUAUCGGCUAAUAGCACGCCUAUGGAGAUUAUCAAUAUGCUUAACAUGCUAUAUCGGUUAUUUGAUGAAAAAAUAACGCAGUAUAAUGUCUACAAAGUAGAAACUAUAGGCGAUGCAUAUAUGGCUGUUUCUGGCUUGCCUCAAAGAAAUGGGAACAAGCACGCAUCAGAAAUAGCGGACAUGUCCCUCUCCCUAAUGCGGAGCCUGGAUGGAGCCACAGUCCCCCAUUGCCCCGACUCGGCGCUGAAAAUACGCGCUGGGGUGAACACGGGGCCCUGCGUCGCGGGGGUUGUCGGGACCUGUAUGCCGCGUUACUGCCUGUUUGGUGAUACUAUUAACACGGCGAGUCGUAUGGAGAGUACAGGCGAAGCUAUGAAAAUCCACAUAUCAGACACGACGAAGAGGGCGCUAGACGACAUCGGCGGGUACGAGGUGGAGUCUAGGGGGAUUACAGAAAUUCCUGGUAAAGGCCAGAUGGAAACAUUCUGGCUCGUCGGUAAGUUGGCGGGGCUCCAACUUGAGAGCCCCAGUGGUCCUCGGCUAAAGGAUUACGACCAGGAAUUCAUAGAAAUGCUCAUAUCGUAGAUAUUUACAUAGAAAUUGUAGUUGCAGUCGCAAGUGCCCCUCUGUACUUUACAAAAAAUCAAGUCCCGUAUUCCUGGGCAGAUGGAACUGCCCAAGUGUCAGUGCCACUUUUAUCAAUUAAGGGGUUGCCAGCCCAUCGCCCAUACUACAAUUGAAGCCAUAUCCUAUAAUUGACUUCUACGAAACCGAUGGAAAUUGUUUGUGCAAUUAGUGACUAUGUCUUGUUGAGGUGUCAUUUACAUCACACCUACUGGUGAUUAAAAGUAACAUGGGGUUACUUUGUCAAUGAUCAUUCUUGCCCCGAGAUUAAAAGUAACCCCAGAACAAAGUGCCGUUGUUAAGAGCCGUAAUCAUAAGUGUCAUGGUAAAAAUGUGCAUGUUUGAAGCAGAUGGUAUCGUUAACUAGAGGAGAAAUGUGGUAACCAUGUACAUAUUGUACAUAGUACAUGAAAAUGAUUAUAUUAUUUAUACAUAUAGAUUCCUAGAUUCA